AUGAUGUUUCCAUCAUCUAUUUCGCUUCUACGAUUGGCUGUAAGAGGCGGGUUAGAAUGUGAGCGACUUAGUGCAAGAGGUCUGUUUUCUAGACGGGCCUUCUCCAUAUCGAGUUUGAAGAGAGAGGAGGAGAUUAAGAAAGAGACGGUUCAGAACCAAGAAAAGAGAGAAUUGCCAAGACUUUCUAGAGAAGAAUAUGAAAAGUUUCGUGACGAAUAUUAUUACAAGAAGAAUCACGUGAACAAGGAAACAGCCAUCAACUAUUCCGUAUCGUUAGCUUUACUGUUUCUAGCGCUCUCGUUCGCCUCGGUGCCCAUUUAUCGUGCCAUUUGUAAACGUACAGGAUGGGGAGGAACUCCUAUCACGGAUAAGACUAAGUUUACCUCUGAUAAAAUGGUUCCUGUGGAUACCGAUAAGAGAAUUCGGGUGCAGUUCACUGCCGAGACUUCCAGCAUGUUACCGUGGAAGUUUAUCCCCCAGCAAAGAGAGGUGUAUGUCAUUCCAGGAGAGACUGCUUUGGCAUUCUACAAGGCUAAGAAUAGGUCUAAUAAGGAUAUCACCGGAAUGGCAACGUAUUCUGUCACUCCGGAUAAUGUGGCACCUUAUUUUAACAAGAUUCAGUGCUUCUGCUUCGAAGAACAGAGACUAAAUGCUGGUGAGGAGGUUGAUAUGCCUCUUUUCUUCUUUAUUGAUCCAGAAUUUGCUACGGAUCCAUCUAUGCGUAACAUUGACGACAUUGUUUUACAUUAUACAUUCUUUAGAGCCACUCAUGAUAAAGACGAAGAUAAGAUUUUAUCGGAUGCAAGGGAAAAGAUGAGUAAGGCCAACGAGGAGGCUUCAAAGGCUGCGGUGCAGCAAAACUGA